AUGUUCAUUCUUCGCGACCCAGCGGAGUACAUAUCGAGAGCAAAGCAUAGCUGGGCCAGUCACGUUAUGAGAAGAAUCGACUAUAGGUGGACUGAAAGAACGCUAGUGUGGAUCCCAAGAGAUGCUAAACACCCUCGAGGGAGACUGCCGACGAGAUUGGGUGACGUGUUCGCUACACGGAUGGACCAGUUGAGAGCUCAGCUGGAUACGGCUCAAGGACCUCGCCAACGUCACUCACGAAAUUUGAGAACAUCUUGGAUGACCAUGGCGAGGGAACGAAACGAGUGGAAGAGAUACUGA